UGGAGAAAAUGCAACAAAACUCCAAUCUCAUUUUUAUUGGAACUGGAAUUCGGACUCCAUUCAUUGUCCCUUCGACCUCUUCCAGAGCCAGUGCCACCUUAACACCGACUCUUCAAAAUAAUUAAAUCAUCUCUAUUAAUUAAUUUUCUUAAUUAUAUUAAUAUAAUACAGUUUUAUCUAUAAACGCAUCCAUCCAUCCAUGCCUUCUUCAGUUCGCAGAUUAACAAUGGCAGCUAUAACUAACUCAUUAUCACUCAAACACACACUUUCUAUCGGUUCUCCCCAAACAAAUCUUCUUACUCGAACUCGUCCUUCAUCAACUUCACUCUCAUUCAGAACCUUUCAUAGAUGUUACGCCUCUUACGCAAAUGAAAAUCGCGAGUAUGUGAUCGUUGGCGGUGGAAACGCGGCGGGAUACGCUGCUCGCACUUUCGUCGAGCACGGCGUUGCCGAUGGUCGUCUUUGUAUUGUUACUAAAGAGGGAGUUGCACCUUACGAGCGUCCUGCUUUAACCAAAGCUUACUUGUUCCCUCCGGAUAAGAAGCCGGCACGUCUUCCUGGGUUUCAUACUUGUGUUGGAUCCGGUGGAGAAAGGCAAACUCCGGAGUGGUAUAAAGAGAAAGGGAUUGAGAUGUUGUAUGAAGAUCCAGUAGAAAACAUUGAUACUGAAAAGCAAACUUUGACAACAAGUUCCGGAAAGCUUCUUAAGUAUGGAUCACUUAUUAUCGCUACAGGAUGUACAGCCUCAAGGUUUCCAGAUAAAAUUGGUGGAAACCUACCUGGUGUUCACUAUGUUCGGGAUGUUGCAGAUGCUGAUGCGCUGGUUUCAUCGUUGGAAAAAACAAAAAAGGUUGUAGUAGUUGGAGGUGGUUAUAUAGGAAUGGAGAUUGCAGCUGCAGCUGUUGCUUGGAAACUCGAUACAACAAUCAUAUUUCCUGAAGAUCACCUUUUACAAAGAUUGUUCACUCCUUCUCUUGCACGAAGAUAUGAAGAACUCUACCAAAAGAAUGGUGUCAAAAUAUUGAAGGGUGCCUCCAUUAAAAGUUUGGAAGCUAGUUCUAAUGGUAACGGAGGUGUAGCUUCUGUGAAACUUGGAGAUGGAUCUAUUGUUGAAGCAGAUACGGUAAUUAUAGGCAUUGGAGCGAAGCCUGCUGUGGGUCCCUUUGAGAGGGUGGGUUUGAAUACUGAUGUUGGUGGUAUACAGGUUGAUGGUCUGUUCCGGACAAGCAUUCCUGGAAUAUUUGCCGUUGGUGAUGUAGCCGCUUUCCCUUUGAAGAUCUACAGCCGGAUUUCUCGAGUGGAACAUGUAGAUCAUGCUCGCAGAUCGGCACAGCAUUGUGUGAAAGCAUUACUCAGUGCACAAACUAACACGUAUGAUUAUCUUCCAUACUUCUACUCAAGGGUUUUUGAAUAUGAAGGAAGCCCUAGAAAAGUAUGGUGGCAGUUUUUUGGAGACAACGUUGGAGAAACGGUUGAAAUUGGAAACUUUGAUCCUAAAAUAGCUACUUUUUGGAUUGAAUCUGGUAAGCUUAAGGGAGUUCUUGUUGAAAGUGGGAGCCCUGAGGAAUUUCAGCUCCUGCCUGAACUUGCCAGAAGACAGCCUCCGAUUGAUAAAGCCAAACUUCAAAACGCAACCUCAGUGGAGGAGGCCCUAGACAUUGCUCGGGAAUCCUUGCAAGCCGCUGUUUAGAACAGAUUUCAGUCAGAUCAUCCUGUAAUUUAUCUUUUUUAAUAAGAAAUCCUGUAAUUUAUCUUUCAAGACUAAAGAUCACCCGUGAUUAUCUGUCAUCAUCCCACUAGGAUUGCUUGCCCCUUAGGAGAGGGAAUAAAUUUUCUGGUAUUUACAUUUUUGUUACGCGGCAUUAUGUAGUAUUAUGUAAGAAAGGUUUUCAAUAAAAAAAUGAGUAGUGUCUUUUAUAUUACUA